ACGAAGCUGAACGCGGCGACGAAACGGAUCCGAGAUUCGAGCGACGACAACAAAGCCGUACCAAAAUACGAAGGGAUCGCCGACGGCAACAUGUCGGUCGAGCAGCGUAACGAGGCUGUGCAGGUGCCGGUGUACGAGUCUCGCUGCCUUGAUGGCAUCGUUUCCCGUACACAAGCCGCAGACAUCGCUUGGACCAGCAGCGCGAACGAUACGUGAUCAUGAAUACGGACGAGGACCCGCACUCUCGCCCUCCAGGAGCGGAACCAGAAUCUGGCCGACGGUUCGCUCGGCGAAGGCGGCAAAGGCAGGAACUUGAUGGGUCGCAUGACUGUUCGUCAGCUCAGCAGUUUGUCCGGCUCGGAUGCCCGCGAACAAGUUUCCGUAAAGCAGAUUCAGUUGUUUCAGAUGUACAGAACGCACUGGGAGACUUGGUCCCUGUAAUUUCUCGAUUUCUGACUGGUAAUUACGGCACUGGCUGACCUGGAUUAUAACUUACUGUAUUGCAUCGCACUUGUGCCUGUUUGGGAGUGGUACUGUACCUGUUUGGAGCAUGUCCUCACAUCCUUAGCGCUUGGAGCAAAGUGUGCGUCUAAAAAAAAGGAAGAGACCGAAAACUCCGAUUUGUUGGCUGCCGAACAGUCCUGUGCAGUCGGGCUCCCUCCGUGUGCCGUAGGGGGCCAAGAGCGUGCGUGACCGAACCUUGCGUGCUUCUUCCUCUCGAGCCUCCGCACCCGUGGCGAGCCUAAACCGGGGAAGCCCGCCGUGCGGAGACCUCCGUGGGGCGCUUACCGCAGCGGAGGAUUCUCCACCUCCGUCUUGCUUCGCUUCUCUUAUGUACGCUCGCCGAAGCGAGAGCCGAUCCUCCGCUGAUCGAUGAAUCCUAAGUAUUAUUUUCCUGAGUGGGAGUAUAUAAACCUCGACCGCCCCAAGCGGGGUGGGCCUCAGCUGUUGUUCGCAACGCCCACUCGGAGGAUACACACACUCAGGACCAUGUUCGCCCAGAUCUUGACCUCGCUCCUGCUCGUCCACGGCCUUUUUGCGACCCAGCUGAAGCCGGGGCAGUACCACGUCGUCAACCUCGCGCACCCGUACGCGCCGGUCUCCGUCGACGCGGCGCACAGCCGCGUGUACGUCCCGCCCGCGUUCUCGGGGGGCCACAGCCUCUGGGACGUCCUCACACCCCCGGGCGCGCUCGACGGGAUCACCAUGCACAGCGUCGAUGCCGGCCGGUGGGCGCAAGUAACCCCUGGACAGGUGACACGCGUUUCCGUUCCUCCGCAUCGCCGGCCAGUACAUCGGCACGACCGCCAACAGGUCCAGCACGUUCGCGCUCGUGCUAUCCGGAACGGCCGACUUCCCGGCGACGGCGGGAUGAUCCCCGACUCGCACAUCGACUACUGGACGAUUGGCGCACCGGACGGAUCGGUGUGGACGUACAACCCUGACGCUGGAUCCGAGGCAAGCGGCCGUUUCCUGCUGCAGCGAUUGAGCAUUGGCGCUGAAAUCACAUCAUUCCGGCUAGGUGCUGCUGCUUCCGCCGACGGCAGACAACUCCGCGAGCCAGUUCUGGAUGUUCGCGGCCCCGGGCGCCAUUCCGUUUCUUCCGCGCGAUCUCAGCGAGACGAGGGAGCUGGUCACGUGGAUCGCGUUUCUAUCCGCACUGUCACUGAGACUCGCACUAUGAUGGACGAUUCGUUUGAGCUGUACGAUCUGCGCGUCGAAGUCAUAUGCCCACCCGGAGAGCGCAUUCUCUGCGGUGCCAAGCCAGGGGACCACUUUACGCUCGAAGGGGAGAUGCUGCAUCUACCCCCCGGUCAGGGCUUCUCCAUCUACUCGCUGUGCAAGUCGUGCCCAUUACCUGCGUCGCCGACAUGUAAGCUGACCUCCCGUCAAGCGGCAGUCCUCUCGCUCCUCGCUGCGAAACAGCGCGUCUCGCACGCGAACGACUGGAUCACGACGGACACCGACGUCGCCUGCCCAGACCCGAACUGCAAUUCCGCUUCCGCCUAA